AUUUAUUAGAGGUUAUUAAACUUUUUAAGUCUAAUAGUUGUCAUCAAAAUAAUAGUGAUAUUUUUAAUACAAAGUUCUUUACUAUUAAACGUUUUUUAAAUCCUUAAAGAUUCCUAAAAUGCCUACGAUUUUACCAGAAAACAUAGCUACAACCUCGAAAGAAGCUGACCAUUCUGAACAAAUGUGGAAAGUACUUAAAAAUCAUAUAUUAAGAGAAAGAGCCAGAAAAAAACAAGAACGGGAACAAGAAGUUGAAGAAGAAAGAUUAAGAAAAGAACGGGAAGCCAGGGAGCAACAAGAUGUCAUGACAUUAGGGGAAACGAGAGAGCAAAUUCUACAGCUUGAACAAAAGUUGACCCACUUAAAAGAAGAAAAGCAUCAGUUAUUUCUACAGUUAAAAAAGGUUUUAAAUGAAGACGAUAAUAGGAGACGACAGAAGGAAAAUACAGAAAACUUAAUAUCGCUACAACAAAUACCAGGAAAUAUGGUACAUCCACAAUUAUAUAUUCAACAGCAGCCCCAAUUUCAACCACCGCCACAACAACAACAACAACAACAACAACAACAACAACAGCCCCCUCAACCUCCACGAUUGGUUCCUAUGCCUCAGCAACAGCCACAGCCACCCCCACAAACAGUCUUUAAACAGUCAAAAAGACCUAGGAGUCCUAGUCCACCACCACAAGUACCUGUCACAAUGUAUCAUAAUUAUGGUUACAAAACUCCCACAGUGGGGACUUCUUCUUACCAGGGAUCUCCUCAAAAAGAUGACAAUAGACGUAAUGAAUUAGUACGAGCAGUGCUGUGGAACAAAGAUGACAAUAGACGUAAUGAAUUAGUACGAGCAGUGCUGUGGAACAAAACUCCUCAGUACGGAAACCAACCUAGCGCGUUUUAUCCUGUAGCCCCACAAGAACUUCCCAUUUAUUAUCCGACGAACCGAGAACCCGCAAGAACUGUAUACGAACCACAGAGGAUACAAACUUAUCACCUGGAACCCAAAUUAUCCGACCACUACAUGCUGAGGGCGCAACCUUCCUCGCACGGACACGUAAUCCAUCCGGGACCCAUGCCCAUUAAUCAACAGGCACCUCCAAAAUUAGGUGGAAGUAUUACUGCCGGUUACCCAGUAAGAAGUCAACCACAGUACCAACAGGCCCCGCAAGCGUCGCUGUAUACGGGUCCUGCAAGGACGCUGUACCAGUCACCCGUCACGUACCAGGCAAGAGAAUGAAGACGACGUUUUAUUGUAUUUUAGAGUAAAUUCAAACGUCAAUCUUGUUUUACUUUUGAUAAACGAGUAUAUGCUAUUCAUGAAAUUAUUAACGAUAUAGAAGCACAGUUUUAUUUAUCUUCAAAUCUUACAACAUAAAAAUAAUCAAAUACCAUGAAACCAUACAAUUUUUGACAUAUUAUAUUUGUGUAAUUUUACUUUUACAAUUUACUUUUACAACUUUAUAUUUUGUAAUUUUACUUUUACAAUAAAAUAUGGAUUUUACAAAGAUUAAACUCUUAUAGUACUGAUGAUCAAUAGUAGGAGGUAGAUGCCAUAAAUUCUCGGUCUGAUUUAAAUAAUGUUCAUUUUAAUACAUUUUUAUAAAGAUCAGUACUCACCUGAGGGACCGCAGACGUUCGGAUACAAUAAGCGCCACUUUGUAAAGACAAUGAAGUCGAUUCUACUAAGUAACAAGACAUUUACUCAACACACACACUACACUUUACUCCCGUAUUGUGAAACUAACAAAAUGAACAUAGAUAGCGUUGUGUAAUCAUAUUAAUAUUUUACCGACUAUUCCAGAUGUUUUCUACAAAUAUGACUGUAAGAAUGUAUGAAAUAAAUUAUGCUUAAUUUGUUAUGGAGAAAUAAAUAAAUAAAAUAAAUAUUCCUUCUUACACAUAUUUAUCUUGACUCCCCAUAUUUCCACCUUUUCCAAAAAACCAUAAUAAGUACUUUUGUAGAAAGAUAAUUGGAUAGAGUCGAUAGAAAUAGUCAAACAAAUUACAUGACGCCACUACAUCCUUACGAAAGAGAAAAAAUAAAGGAGGAACUAAAUUACUUUUACCAAAAUUAGAGA